AUGGAAAUGUGUUUACGUCCUAACCAUCAGGCACUUUGCGACGCCCAAUAUUUGAAAUAGUACUUGUUGAAUGAGUGAUGGAUCCUGUUCACCCUCUAGAGGAGCUGCAUGGUAAUAGUGAUCAUGAUGGUGUUGAUGUCACCUCCUGGGUGUCAGUGUGUCCCCGAGGACUCUGGAAGGUCCAGCAAAAGUGGACACGCAAAGCACAUUCAUCCAGUUACUGUCCAAGGUUGGGCUCACUGUGUCGUGUUCGAGCGCGUCUCAAUGCUGACAUGGAUGGAGCAGAGAGUUCAGUAUCUGAAAAAGAUGAUGAAAAGAUAUCAGUUCAACCAGACCAGUCAGACCCUGACAUUACAGAAGCAGUGGCCACAGCCUUUCCAAGGUGUCAUGACUCAGUGCUGCAGGUCCCGCUGGGUGAUUGGACUACACUGAGGCUAGGGGAGGGUCAAUGUGAUAUCACAGAAGCGUGUGUGGAACGGAUGAGAGCUGGAGAAAAAUGUGAGAUUCUACUUUCUCCAGUGAAAAAUGGACCAAAUGUCUCAAUUACUCAACCUGCAGAGGAAAAGCUGCCUUUAUGUGCCACAGUUGAACUCCAAGCUUUCACACAAGGCAAGGAAUCCUGGGAGAUGUCUCCUGCUGAAAAAUGGGAGUGGGUAAAGUCACACAAAGAAAGGGGUGGAGUGAGGUUCAGGAGUGGGGAUAUGUGGGGGGCGGCAGACAGCUACAGUCGGGCCCUUAAACUCCUCAUCACGCUGUAUGGUCGUAUCAGAGAGGCGGAGAAUAAAGGACAAGAAGCGGUGGAACAAAGAGACACACACACCAGUGAUGAAACACAGCACCUUCCUUCGGCUAAUGAAUUCAGAACCAUCAAAGCUGAGCUCCACUCAAACUUGUCCUUGUGCCAGCUCAAACUGAAGCAGCCAGAGCGGGCUAAGGCCAGUGCUGCCAAGGCCACACAGCUGGAACCAGCUGGGGCUAAAGCUUGGUACCGGCUGGGCCAGGCAUGCCAGAUGUUGAAUGAGCUGGAGGAGGCCAGGCAGGCAUUUAAGGAACUGCUGAAGCUCCAGCCAGAAUCACCUGCUGCUUUGAAGGCACUUAAAGAUGUAGCAAGUAGAGAAAAAGAGACAAAUGCACAGUUGGGACUGAGACUCAGCAAAAUGUUUAGCUAGGGUGACCAUUUCC